AUGAGGCGUAUUACACUGUUUUGUUUAAUCGUUCGUUGGGCUAUUUGUAUUAAUUCAAUUCCAUUUGACGGAGUAAUUCGCCCAACAGGUGAUGGUAGUUCAUAUGCUUUUCUCAAACCACCGAAAGAGGGUAAUCAUGCAGCAUUCAUUGAACAAUUGACACCAAGUGGUACUCUAGCUGUUGCGUGGUUUACCGGUGGUGAAGGAAGUCCAAAUUGUUCCAUUGCCUUAUCACUUCUAGCUGUUGGAUCAGAACAAUUUACACCGGGUGUCAUUGUUAGUCAGCGUGUCAAUUAUUCAAAUCAAAAUCCUGUUCUCUUUUGGAAUCCUCGUACACAAAUCCUACAUCUAUAUCAUUCUUCACAAUUGGGGGAUGGUCCUGAAAGUUCAUCUGAACUAUGGCAUUUGCAAAGUCAAGAUAGUGGUGCUACAUGGUCUAAUGCCAGCUCUUUUUAUUCUAUGCCAGGAGCAUUCGAUCGAAAUCGUAUCAUACCUACGUUAGAUGACAAAGGUGUCAUAUUUCCUUGUUACAAUUCUUCGCCAACAUACGAUUAUUCAUUUGUACUUCGAUCUACAUCUGAUGAUUCAACAUGGACAUAUAUUAAUAUGACCAACAGUGUAGAUUUGAUUCAACCGUCUAUCGUUCGUUUAUACAAUUCAACAAAGUUGCGGUCAUUUUUUCGUGAUGAAGAUGCCAAAUCUAUUUAUUAUUCUGAUAGCAACGAUGAUGGUUUUACUUGGACAAUACCAGAACAAACAACUUUACCGAAUAAUAAUGCUGGUAUUCAUGCAAAUAUACUAAAAACUGGUGCUGUUAUUAUGGUAUUUAAUAAUCACAAUGGAACUCAUCUGCCAAGAACACCGCUAACAGUAGCUCUUUCCUAUGACAAUGGAAUGACAUGGCCCUAUCAAAGAAAUAUUCAAGUUCACGACGAUGGGAAUAGUACAUCUGUCGGUGAAUAUUCUUAUCCAGGAAUAUUACAAAGUUUUUGGACUGGCAGAGAUGAUAAUGAUAUUCAUCUUGUGUUUACCUAUGAUCGGCAAACAAUUAAAUAUGUCCGUUUUAAUGAAAAUUGGAUUAAGCGAAGCUAA